AUUGAUUCGUGCAGUAAGUGCUUCACCGGCGUCGUUCGCCCCAGAUGACCGGAGGACAUGAAUGUGUACAUGGAAGAUUCUGCGGUUAAACAACUAGAACUCAUCAGUGUAUUUAUGAGUACAAGACAAGCAUCCUCUAUCAUCAACUGAUAAACAUCAGCCACCAUCUGCGGGUUUCCCUUCUCUGCAGAAAGCAGGAAGAUGGUCAUGACCAGGAGAGAGACUUUCAUGACAUUUGGGGAUGUGAUUGUGGAUUUCACCCAGAAGGAGUGGAGGUUGCUUAACCCUGCCCAGAGGACCCUGUACAGGGAGGUCAUGCUGGAGAACUACAGCCACUUGGUCUCAGUAGAAAUUGCCCAUUCUAAACCAGAAUUCAUCAGGCUGCUAGAGCAAGGGAAGCCCUGGGAAGACAAGAAAAGACAACCACUGGGCCAUUGUGCAGGCCUCUAUACAGAACGUGACCUGAAGCCAAGGGAUCCUGGCCUAGAGGCUCAGAAGCAACCACACCAACAGUUUUCUGAUCAGAGUUGCCACAGUGACAUAGCAGAAGAACAAGAGAAAGAGAAAACCUCUAAACCGUUGUUCAGGAGGAAGAAACAGACUUCAAGGACAUUUUCCAGCCCCAACUUAAGACAAGUAGUAAGUUCAGUGGGAAGGAACAAAGAGGUGGAAAUAGAGCCCAGCCAAGCCCAGAGGGAACAUCCUAAGGAAAUAGACAAAGUAUUAAAAGGAAUAGAAAAUGGAAGAUGGGGAACAUUCAAGUAUGCAGGGGUUGGGCGAGACUUCAGCCAGAAGAUGAUAAUGCUCAAUCACAAAAAAGCACAUUCUAGGCAGAAACUUUUCGCAUGCAAAGUGUGUCAACAGGGCUUUAGUGAUGAGUCAGCAUUACUCUUGCACCAGAGGACACACUCAGGGGAGAAGCCUUUCAUGUGCAAAGAAUGUGGGCAAGGCUUCAGCUUCAAGUCAGCUCUCCUCAGACACCAGAGGAUACACUCAGGGGAGAAGCCUUUUAUGUGCAAGGAUUGUGGGAAAGGCUUUACCCAAAAGUUAAACCUCACUGUGCACGAGAGAAUACACUCCGUAGAGAAGACUUACAGAGGCCGAGAGCGUGGGCCAAGGUUUAACAAUAAAUCAUCAUACAAUAAGCAAAUGAAGGCAUACCCUUUUGUAUGUGAGGAGUGUGGGCGAGCCUACACCAGGAUGUCAUCCCUCAUUGUGCACAAGAGAAUACACUCAGGAGAGAAGCCUUAUGUAUGCCAGAAGUGUGGACGAGGAUUUUGCAGUAAGUCACACCUCAACAGACACCAGAGAACACACUCAGGGACACAUUCUUUCAUGUGCAAAGAAUGUGGGUGAGAUUUCAGCCGUAAGUCAAGACUCUUCAGACACCAGAGGAUACACUCGGGGGAGAAGCCUUUUGUGUGCAGGGAUUCUGGGAAAGGCUGUACACAAAAGUCAAACCUCACUGUGCACGAGAGAACACACUCUGAAGAGAAGACUUAACAGAUGCCAAGAAUGUGGGCAAAGGUUUAAUGAAAGUCAUCAUACGAUGAGUAUUUGAAGGCACACUCUUUUGUAUGCGAGGAGUGUGGGCGAGCCUACACCAGUAAGUCAAGUCUCCUCAGACACCAGAGGAUACACGCAGAGGAGAAGCGUUUUGUGUGCAAGGACUGAGGGCAAGGCUUUACCCAAAAGUCAAAUCUCAUUUUACACCAGAGGACACACUCAGAGGAGAAGCCUAGGAAUCCAGAGUGUGAGCGAAGGUUUCCACAUAAGUUCUCCUAUAAUAAGCACCUGGUAGCACACUUAAGUGAGAAGCAGCUUUUCUGCAGGGAGUGUGGUCAAGGCUUCACCUUGAAGUCGUAUCUCACCAGACACCAAAGGACACACUCAGGAAAAGUCUUUUGUGUGCAAGAAUGUUGGGAGCCGGCUACGGAGUCCUACCAGGGACCCCCAAUAUCUGCAGGGGCUGGCACCCCGCACAAGGACUGUGGGCAAGGCUUUACCCAAAAGUCAACCCUCAUUUUCCACCAGAAUACAGGGGAGAAGCCUUUCACCUGUGGUCACUGUGGGCAAGGAUUUACCCAGAAGUCACACCUCAAGUAACACAGGGCUCACAUUGGGGAUAAAAUUUUGGUGUGCUAGGAGUUUGGGCAAGCCUAUACCAACAAGUCAUUCCUCACUGUGCACAAGAGAAUACACUGUGGAAAAACCUACCAAUGCCAGGAAUGUGGAAAAUCUGCGGGUAAGCCAACCUACCAUAAGUACUUGAAGUUCCACUAAGCUAAGAAGCAUUUCUGUAUAGGCUAUGUGGACCAGCCUCACCAAGAAGUCUUCUCACCAGAGGACUCACUUAGAAGGUAAUUGCAUCCUUACAGGCUGCAGCCAACUCUGUGCACCAUAUCCCCACAGCUGGUGCCACAGCUCAGAACUGUCACAAAUACUUUACAGAGUGCCAAUAAAACUAGGGACACAAAAGAUGUGAA